CAUGCCGACAAACAGCCCCAGCAGUUUGCCUCGUCGAAUCUCCGCUGAACCUCUGCCCCCUGCCACCCCCUGGCCGUUUAACAGUUUUCUGGAAGAAAGUGACUUGUGCACCUUGGAUCUAGGAGGGAAGCCUGCAAGAACGCGGAGAGGAUCUAAUCACUUUCUCAGCCACCACUUUCUCAUGCUCCAGCCUGUGGGACUGGCCUGACCACCCUCAGGCAGAGGGUUUAAGCAAGAGGACUCUGGGAACUGUAGUUCCUUUUCUUUCUUUUUUUGUAGUAUUGGCUCAAAUUGUUAUAAGUGUUGGGAUAGCUUUCGGGUGGUGGACCACAAUGCGAUGAGAGUGCUCCACUAUGAUGAACCUGGAUGGCCUCGAGAUGAUCGCGGUCCUGGUGGUCAUGGGACUCUUCAUCAAAGUCCUAGAGCAGUUCGGGCUGUUCGAACCCGUCGGAGGAGAAGACAGCAUUGAGGAUGACUUUGAGCUGUCCACGGUGUGCCAGCGGCCCGAAGGGCUGGAGAAGCUGCAGCAGCUAACCAAGUUCACCAAGAAGGAACUCCAAGUGCUCUACCGGGGCUUCAAGAAUGAAUGUCCCAGUGGUGUUGUGAACGAAGACACCUUUAAAGUCAUCUACUCCCAGUUCUUCCCACAGGGGGAUUCGAGUAUGUACGCACAUUUCCUUUUCGAGGCAUUUGACACUAACAAGAAUGGAUCAGUUAGUUUUGAGGACUUUGUCAUCGGCCUGUCCAUCAUCCUCAGGGGGACGAUAAACGACAGGUUAAACUGGGCAUUCAACCUCUACGAUCUCAAUAAAGAUGGCUGCAUCACCAAAGAGGAGAUGUUGGACAUCAUGAAGUCAAUCUAUGAUAUGAUGGGGAAAUACACAUAUCCCUGCAUGCAAGAGGAUGCUCCCCGCGAGCAUGUGGAGAUCUUCUUUCAGAAAAUGGAUCGUAACAAUGAUGGUGUUGUUACCAUUGACGAGUUCAUUGAGUCAUGCCAAAAGGCAUGCUCUGGUGGAGAGGAGAAGACAGGCGUCAUGGAAAGUGACCUGCAACCCGGCCAUCCAGCCGCAUGCCUCCUGCCUCUCUUCCAGAGGACUGCCAUCAUUCCAUUUCUUUCUUUCUCCCAGAGACAUAGUGGAAGCUACAUCAGGGCUGACUUCUAGACGCAACCAGUUCACCUUCUUUUGUUACAUUCCUGAAAGAGUUAACCAAGUUGGGCGGACACUCACUGAAGCCGACUCGACCUUAGGGACUGGUGUUACGGAUCGCAACUCAGAGGUCCUUGGGCUGAAGCUGCGUGUGGAAUCAAGGUCACCGGAGGUCAUCGCACGCACAAAGUGCCACCAUUUUUCCAAUAACUGACUGAUUUUUCUUAACGCAUGAUGUCAUGACUAACCUACACUACUUAAAUAUACCUAUUUACUGAGCUAG